AUGAACGGUUCAGUAGAUGCUUAUUUUGUAAAUUUUUUAUUCAAUAUUGGAGAAAGUGAUGUUUUAAAAGGGCUCACCAUCUACCAGAAUGGAUUUUCUAAAUCAGGGCAAGCAAAAAAUCAGGUUUGUGUUUCAUCAAAUAUUUGCUUUGAGGAGGCAACAGGACAAUAUAAAGAAAUAUUUAUUUCACUUAUUCAAUUAUCGCCAUGGCUUUCCCAAAUUAUGCGGAUUUGUAAAGAAGUAAUUCAGUGGAUGAUCAAUUCAUGGUUUACUGCAGAUGCUUAA